GGGAAAGAAGAGGACUGUAACGUCGUCGUUCCCACAGCGGUGCCAAUCUCAAAGGGCUCGUGAGUCGUCCCUCACUUGUCCCAGUAAUCAAUUUCUCCUCCAAAGAUUCAUCAGGUUUCAAGACGAAGAAGACGAUCCUCUGUCCUUUUUUUCUCUCUUUCCGCUUUCAAGGGUCUCAUUUUUCAUGGUGGUGUUGGCAGCCUGAGACAUAUCAAAACGAUGGAGGAAAUGCUCGCUGUGAUAAUUUCCAUGUUCCUCGUCUUGGCGUUAAUUCCACUUUACCUAUGGAAACGCCGUCAAGAUUCUCGAUCGCCCAAAGAUCACGACGGCGAGCCUCAGGUUGCUCAGAGGGAGGCUGUGGUGCGUCCGACCGGUAAUCGGGGGCGGAUGCGGAGGAGGCCGGCUGCUGGAGCUAGCACAUCAUCAGCCGCGGCGGCACCGCCUGUUGAAGAAGUUGCAGAUGGAAGUGACGAGGAAGGUGUUGAGGAUGAGACUUAUGAAGCCAAAGCUUCAAGGAAAAAGGAAAAGAAGCGUCAAGAGCGGGAAGCACAGCGCCAAGCUGAACAAGCUGCACGGGACUCGAGGCAAACAAAACAAGAUCGCUAUGCUGAAAUGCGGAGGAGGAAAGAUGAGGAGCGGGAGGCACAAGAACAUCAGCUGGAAGAAGAAGCCAAGGCUCAGAAGGCUAGGGAGGAGGAAGCUGCUGCAUUAGAGCUCGAAAAGUGGAAAGGAGAAUUUUCUGUAGAUGCUGAAGGUACUACUGAGAAUGAAGUGCAAGAUGGACAUCAGAAUUUGCUUUCUAAUUUUGUGGAAUACAUAAAGAAACAUAAAUGUGUCCCCUUGGAAGAUCUUGCUGCUGAAUUUAAGUUACGGACUCAGGAAUGCAUCAACCGGAUUAACUCUCUGGAAAGUAUGGGGCAACUUUCUGGUGUCAUGGAUGACAGAGGGAAAUACAUAUACAUCUCCCAAGAAGAGAUGCAAGCCGUGGCAGACUAUAUCAAGCGUCAAGGGAGGGUUAGCAUUGCACAUCUUGCUAGCAAGUCUAACCAGUUCAUUGACUUGGAGCCAAAAGCCCAGUUUGUUGAAGAAAUCAGUAUUGUCGAAGAGAUUGCUGCCACUUGAUCCGUUUAAUGUACUUUGUACAUGUAAAAUACAAUUACUACGUAGUGUAAUGGUUAUUAUGCACACACACGGUUAACAUAACAUAUAACACAGAGGGUUAAGGAGGUAAGAAAUUUAGAAAGCUCAUCUCAGAAUUUCUUUGCUGCA